CUUUUCAUAUGCUACAACAUUAUUAUUUUUAAUAAACAAUUACCUAGUUUAUUUUAUUCCUGUAGCAACGAUGCAGCAAAUGUCCUGAACUGAUGCGAUGUGCAGGUCGGGCAAUACCUGUCAGAAGGAAUUGUCAUCUAUGACCGUGUGGUGUUUCACGUUAUCCGUUUCAUCGGUUUGGAAUGCAACUUUCCGUCAAAAGGAGAGUUCAGGUUAAUUUUCAGUCUUGUGGUUUGGACAUUUGUUCGACAACUAGCUGGUUUUUGAAGAAACUCGGUUUUUACUUGUCGAUAUCUAACUUCUGGCCUAAGAUGUCGAACCAUGCUGACUACUUGAAUUAUUUACAAGAUAGCAGUAGUGACGCAGAAACAGACAAAGAGACUGAUGACAGAGGUCGACAUUGUAUUUAUAGAAAUAGAAUGAGUUGUGGUGGCUCUUCCAAACCAAAAUCUUGUCUGGUUCAAAGAGAUGGAAGCAAUGAAAGGCACUGUCAUUCCUUCAAUUCUGCCAGGCAAAAUGCAAAUAUUAAUCAACAGAACAGACUCUGUACUGGGGUUGGUGUUGGAAAGAGUCAACAGAAUCAAUGUAGGGAUAAUUUACCAUCGUCGGGAUCUGUUAUUGGUAUAAAUAAUCCACCAGCCAGCGAUGAUCGCAUUACCCUUGUCGUGGAUAAAACAAUAUUUAUCGUGGACCGAGCAUUGUUCACCGCACAUCCAAAUACAAUGUUAGGAAGAAUGUUCAGUUCCGGCGUUGAAUAUGCUCAACCAAAUGAACGCGGCGAAUACGAAGUUGCGGACGGUGUAUCUGCUAUGGUAUUUAGGGCCAUCCUUGAUUACUAUAAGGGUGGAAUAAUACGUUGCCCGCCGACAGUUCCGGUUCAAGAACUGCGGGAAGCGUGCGACUAUUUUCUUGUUCCUUUUGACGCGAACACAGUGAAAUGUCAGAAUCUGAGAGGGUUAUUACAUGAGUUAUCUAACGAAGGCGCGCGCUGUCAAUUCGAAGUGUUCCUCGAGGACUUGAUGUUGCCCCUAAUGGUAAACAGUGCGCGCAGAGGCGACCGUGAAUGUCACAUCGUCGUUUUAUUAGAGGAUGACAUCGUCGAUUGGGACGAAGAGUAUCCCCCGCAAAUGGGAGAAGAAUAUUCGCAGACCGUUAACAGUACCGCGAUGUAUCGGUUUUUCAAAUACAUCGAGAACAGAGAGGUGGCCAAGCAGGUGAUGAAGGAGCGAGGCCUGAAAAAGAUUCGCCUGGGCAUAGAAGGCUAUCCCACUUACAAAGAGAAAGUGAAGACAAGAGCAGGUGGACGGUCCGAGGUGAUCUACAAUUACGUUCAAAGGCCUUUCAUUCACAUGUCCUGGGAGAAGGAGGAAGCGAAAAGUCGACACGUCGACUUCCAGUGCCUGAAAUCAAAAUCCGUGACGAAUCUCGCGGAAGCUACUGCCGACCCGGCAUUGGACGCCGGAGGAAACCCCAUAGGAAUCGGUCUGCUCCAAGCAACGGAACCAGCGACGCAACCGGAAGUCGCGCCGCUUGUCGGUUCGGAGGCCGACGCCGAAGGUGCCGUAGGGAUAUCGGCUGAACAGGACCUCGGACCGAUGCCGUCCGACGAGUUACACAACUUCACGAUUAAGAAAUCCGCUAUCGAGAAAUCGUACUCCGAGGCGCUCCUGAAAAUAUCCUCCGCCUACUUGAACAAGAAAAUACCGAAUAUCCCGGACCUGAAGGUUGACGGCGGCGAUGAGAAAUGGAACAUGUGGAACGUUUGGCGGACCGUGCUGGAGGAGAACGAGAAGCUGGCCAGGGCCCGGUUAGCGGCGGUCGAGGUUUUCCAGCAGCAGAUCGCGGACGACGCGAAAAGCUUAAAAAUGCACAAACUUCAGAUCUCGAAGAAGGCGAUCGACCAACUGAUGAUAGUACAAAAAGAAUUACAAAUGUGCGUCCAGGACGUGGACAAAACGAAAAAGUUGUACUUCGAUGAGGAGCACAGCGCUCACGACGUCCGGGACAAGGCGAAAGAUAUAGAGGAGAAAUUAAAGAAAAAGAAAGGAUCCUUCUUUCAGUCGAUAACGUCAUUGCAGAAAAACAGCGCGAAGGUGAGCUCGAAACGCGACGCUUUGGAGGAGAAGUCCACCGGUGCUCGGAACGAUUAUUUACUCAGUCUCGCCGCUGCGAAUGCCCACCAAAAUAGAUAUUUUGUAGUUGAUUUACAAAACACCAUGCAGUAUUUAGAGCAAGGCGUGUACGACAAGGUGGCCGAAUACUUAACGCUGAUGGGUCGAACCGAACUAUUGACCUGCCUGGCAACCCAGAACAGCUUCACUAAGAUUCGCGACCAAGCGCAACAACUCACCAGAGAGUACAAUAUACAGUGUUGCUGUUUGUAUUAUCCUGUUUUGAAGCAACACAUACAGUACGACUUCGAGUGUUGCGACAACGAUCCCGUGGACAGGGUAACCGCCGAUCACUCUGCCGCGGCCACGCUCGGGAAAGAGGCUCGUCGCUGGUCGACGAGAAUAGCGCGCGAGAUGAGUAGCAUCCGGGAGAAUAAUAGGAAACUCCAGGUUCUCGCGCAGCUGAAGGAGUCCGGGCAAAAGACUGAUCCGAACGAUCCGCAGGGUCCGGACUUGGACACGAAGAUGGACGAACUGAAGCACGCGAUUCGACGCGCAGAGACAGCGAAACUGAAGGCCGAGGCGAGAAUAGAUUGCCUUCGGAACGGCGGAGUGAACGUCGACGAAUGGCUUCAAGAGGUCGAGACAUUGAGUGUACAGGACAUGCCACGUUCGGCCAGCUCCCUCUCCGUGAGGACCGACGCGUCUGGAACCGCGGAACAUCCAUCCUCGGAUUCGUUCUACGACAGCGACGGCGACGGCGGAAGCGAUUUGACGACUGUCGAACGGCCAGGCAGCGCGAAAAACACGUCCCAGCAGGAGGAAGAGACAACCGAGGAAAGGCAGAGGCACGACAGCGAGGAAGUCGACGCUUUACUAGAACAAGAAAAACAACGAAUAGAGCAGCUCACCGUCGGCUGGGACGAUCCAACGGCGGUAGAUUGGGACAACGAGGAGAAGGACGAGCCAACGGAAGUCCGCGAAACAACCGAACCACCUCCCUCGCAGCCGAUCUACAAAUGCACCGCGCUUUAUUCAUACACCGCACAAAAUCCAGACGAACUGUCAAUUGUCGAGAGUGAACAGCUGGAGGUUGUCGGCGAAGGGGACGGGGAUGGUUGGCUGCGGGCCCGCAACUACCGCGGCGAAGAGGGUUUCGUUCCUCAGAAUUAUCUUGACGUUGAGCGCGAGCCCGAGGCCGCUUCCGGUUUGACUUCCCAGGGGCCCAGUCUCACGCAACAGAUCUCUUUCUCCUCGGUGGACUACACGAUCGACGAUCACGACGCGGUCGAUCCCGACGCUAACUUGCAACAAGCUGCUCCGGAGGCUGUUGUACAGAAUCAUAUAGGAGAAGUGGAACAAUUCUGUAUUGCUCUUUACGAUUACGACGCCACGUGCGACGAAGAGGUCAGCUUCUACGAAGGCGACAUCGUGAAGAUUAUAAACAAAGAGCCGCACGACGUCGACGACGGAUGGUGGGAGGGAGAAAUACGCGGACAUCGAGGACUGUUCCCCUCUUUGAUCAUGGAGCCGUGCGCCGCCGAUGGUUCACCUUUAACCCCGCAGGAUAAUAUAACGCCGCCGAGUUCCGCGCCCCCUGUAUUCACACCUCCCGAGGUUCCGGAGUUCUUCUUAGAGGACGAAUUAACGCAGAGCAUGAUGAAAGUGAACGCGGACUUGGAAGAUGAGAAACCCAGCAACGCGAACGCCGAGCAACAGCAAGAAGGUUUCAUGAUAAAUCUGUCCAAGGACCAGAAAAGCCACUACGGCUCGCAAUUCGGGGACGAGUCCGACGGGCCCGGGAUCGUAGUUGUAGAAGUGUCGGAUGAAUCUGGAACCAAGACCGAUGAGGAGAAAGCGAAAGAUUUAGCGACCGACGACGACCAGUCCAAAGAUGAAUUUGGACUAGGUGUCGCUCAGAUUGUAAUAACAGCGGCGACGCCGAUGGAAGAGGUCGAGCAUCCGUUCCCUGGGAUGGAAGAAACUGUUGACGACACGGUUAAAUCGACGGAAAGCUCCGAGGGCGAUAUGCCGUCGAGCACCACCACGGAUAUAAAUGAAAGCGAUUGCAAAGAGGCAACCGUGAUUAUGGACGAGAAGGAGGAGCAAGAGACUACCGAUGCAGCGGAGGACAUCGAAGAGAAAUCGACGGUGGACGAUUUACCAACGGACUCGGCACCAUUUCCGGUUAGUAGCAGUUCCGGUAGCGAGGCAGACUCAACAUCCGGCCCUAGUACAGGCGAUAAUUCCCAAUCGAUACCAUCACGAGGUACGGUGGUCGAGGUGCAAGAAACUGAAACGGAAGAUAUUGAGAUUGUACCGAAGAAAAUGGUGAUGGCGGGAAGGGCAAGUAUUCCAGAUGAGUUACAACCCGAUCAGUUGGAGAAAUUGCAAAAUCUGAAAGAAUCGAAUGCCUAGGAUUGACUAGACCUCGGAGAUCCCGAUUAUCCUGCCUUAACGAAUAAACUGGCUCUUCCGAAAAAUCAUCAAAAUAAGUUUCAGCAUUUGCUGGAAUUCUGGAAAUCUCCGGAGGUUAUUGGGAAGAAAGACUAACCGGGAAUCGAAUAAUAGACACGGGGGAAACUGAGCAAAUUUUUAUGUUAAUACUAUGUACACAACCUUUUUGCUAGACGAUACUCUAGUGAACUAUUUAAAAAAAAAAUGAAAAAAGAAGGGUGUUGCGACUUUUGCAACAUAUUUACAAGACGUUAAUGUACAGAGUAAUAAGGUAAUAAAGAGAAUUGUCGAUACCUAUAAUAGAUUGGAAACGUUUAGUUGUUCGUGUAUAUUUUAAGAAAAUUAUAAUGGUGUUGCAUGUACUAAGAAAGUUAUUUGUUUUUAUUCAUCUUUAUUCAUAAUACUUGUAUGUCUUUCUGUUGUCCUCUGUUACAAGUUUUUAAUUUUAAUAUAAUUGUAAAUCCUUGAUCCAAUCUCAUGUUCGGAUAAUCACGUAUGAUAAUCACGUAUGCUCGCAUAAAUUCUUAAAUUUGAAUCCUGAAUGCACCGUCUAAUCUGACAACUUCUCCGUUCAGAAAAGGAUUUUCAAUAAUUUGUUGUGCUAGCUCAGCGAAUUCGUCAGGCGUACCGAACCUACUUGGUAAUGGUAUCGAUAGACUCAAAAAAUCGAUCACUUUUUUUGGUAUUGACGACGUCAAAGGUGUGUCCAUUAGUCCGGGCGCUAUCGUGACAACACGAAUGCCAACUUGAGAUAAUUCGCGAGCUAACGGCAAUGUCAUAGAGACUAUUGCACCGUUGGAGGCAGAAUAUGCAACCUGGCCCAUUUGUCCCUCAAAAGCUGCAACGCUUGCUGUGUUAAUUAUUACUCCACGUUGUCCGUCCUUGUUUGGCUCGUUCUUGUACAUAAGUUCUACAGCUAAUCUAACACAAUUGAAUGUUCCGCCCGCAUUUACAUUACAUACAUCGAUAAAAUCGUCAAAGGAGUGCGAGAUAUUCUUAUUAAAAUUAAAUACUUUAUAUGCACAAGCUAUUCCUGCCGUAUUCAUUAGAACAUCCAAUUUGUUAAAGUGUUGCUUUGUUAAAUCUAAAGCUGCAAGUAUGUCCUGUUCCGAUGUCACCUGGAAACAAAGAAAUUUCAACAUAUACGAAACGUUCUUUUGUGGUAGCAAGCUCAAAAUUAUGAAUUAUUUGACAUGAGUAUUUGAUGUAAGAAAUGUGAUCUAUUUCAAAAUGAAUUCAUAGUACUUACUAAAAAUAUUAGUAGUAGCACAUUUAUGAUGUUUUACAUUCAACUAUAGAAACAAUAGUAAUAUUAGUUCUCACAUGUUGCUAUUAAAAUGCACAACUCUGCAGUGUACAAAACAAACUGGGAAGUACAUGUCUUUUUUUACAAUUUAAGAUUCUGUUAGAUAUUUUUUUAUUUCCUACAUUUUUUAAAAACUUUGUCUAUCUGUCUGUAUAUAUAUAUAUAUAUAUAUAUACUUCAAAUACUUCUGUUAUUAACAGUACUACUGUCAUCACUUUGUUGACACUUACAUCUGCUGGUGCAAAUACAGCUGAGCUUCCUAAUUCAUCAGCAACCUCUUUUCCCUUGGAACUAGGUAAAUCUGCAAUGACAACUUUCGCACCAUGUUUGACAAAUCUUUGAACAGUUCCUAGCCCCAAACCAGAUGCACCUCCAGUUACAAGAGCAACCAUUCCCUGAAACAUAUGUCAGUUACAGUAUUCGUUUAAAGAUUUAUUUUUAAUGUAUUGCAUUAUACAUAUGUUAAUAAAUUUCAAAUUUUUGCACACAAACAAUUAUUACUUCAAAAUUGAAUUAUAUUCUGCACAAGUUACUAAACUGUACAACACACUUAAAGUAUCUGUGUUAUACAUACAUUUGUCUUUAAUUUUAUCUUUGUUCACAUAUCUUCAUUGUUUUUAGUAACACAAAAGAAGUUUGCUAAGGAAAGUUAUUUGGUUUAAGGGAGCAAAUGACCUUGAAACUAAAAAAGAAAAAAUUCCUAAUCACAUUAUUUGUCUCAUGGAAUCAAACCAAAGUAAUUGUCUAACACUUUCCUUUGUGCCAUUAAAAACAUUGGAUACUCUGUAGUAUAUAAAGUAAAUGAAAUAAGUUACAUGUUAUUUUUUUCUAAGAAUGUUCAUUAUAACAAAGAAAGUUCACAUAGGAAAAUAAGCAUUUAGGUACAUAAAAAUAAUAAAUAAUAAACAUGGACCAGUUACUAAUAAUUACUAUGAAACAACAAGUUACGCGAUUGUCAAUUAUUCAUUAUCAUAUUUUACAUUCUUUAUUGUAAUAUAUGCCAAUUAAAAAGAAAUUUGCUUUAUAAAAUUCUAUAAAUUUCUACAUUUACUCCUUUGCACUCUUAUUAAAUAUUACCGAAUAAUGCUAACGAAUUGUUUAAUCUAUAUAUUAUAUCAUUACAUAAUCAUAAAAUAAUGAAUAGUACUAUUAAAUUUAUGUAUUGCGGAUACAACAAUGAAACAUAUAUUAAAUGACAUAUUAAGUAAACUAUAAUUUUCUAGUAAACUUAUUAUUUAAUAAAUCAAGGAGUAUAAUAAGCAUUCUUAUGUGUAAUAUAAUAUCUGUUAUAAUAGACUAUUGCUCUUGUACAUAUUACAAAUCAAUUCACCUUAAAUAUAAUACUUCCAACAAAAUAUAUAUUUUGUGUAAAUUGUUCAUAUAUAUAUAUUUUUUUUAAUUAUUUUUACUUUACAAUGUGCAUUUGUUAAAUUUAAUAUUGUAAUUGUAUUAAUUCAAGCAGUAUUCUAUAUUACAGGAAACAGGUCACAAUACAGAAUUAUUUUAUACUGUAUGUGAUUUCACAAACAAGUACUGUAUCGAAAAGAAAAUACAUUUCUUCUGAAACUACGAUUUUCAAGGUAUAAGAACGUCUGAAGUAAUCUAAGGUAAUGAAUCGCGACACAUCGCGCACAUUUACAUUUCACAUGCUUGUAAAUCUAGAUAUAUUUGUAAUUUUUGUUGUGGAUAAUAUGAAACUUACCUUUAACAUUUCAAAGUAUUAGAGAACAACGAUACAUUUAAAGACAAAAUAGACAAGAAUUGGUAGACUAAGAUGUAAAAAACAUCAACUGUUUGAUGGUUAUAAUUGUAAGUGCCGGUUCUCGAAUACAAAUGGAAGCCACGAGGAUCUGCGAAACAACAAUAACAUUGAGUCAGUUAACUGAUCCAUGUAGAAUUUUGAACUGUAUAAUGCUCCUACCUCCUGCUAAAUUUACAAUCACCGAUUAAUAGCUUCGAGAGAGGGUCAUGUAAGAAGAAGUAAGACAAAGCAUUUCUACUUUUGGUGUUUCUUUCCUACUGAUACUAGAAACCCAAUCAAUUCAUUUCUCCUACGAUUCCAGCAAAACCGUUAUUCUAGUCCAAUUGAGAGUUAAAGAAAACUCUGCAUAUUAGUAUUAUAAAAUGACUAAAAAGGAGAUUGUCGCAUUUUAAAAAUAAGGAAUAAAUAUUUUUUGACCUUGUUGUUUAUGGUUCAGUUACCGUUAUAUAAUUAAUGUUAAAACUAAUCGUUAAAGCUAAAUACUUGGAUACUGUAUCUUUUCUCGCAUCAUUACCUAUGUACCCUAAAUACCGCGAAGCGUUCAUAUUUUAAAUAGAAACUUUGGAACAUUUACAUAUUUUUUUCUUAACUUAUAUAAUUUCUUUCAUUGUUUCUAGGAUGAUAUCAACACUUUUAGAAUAAUUUUAUUCUUUCCAUUUAUUUCUUGUGUAUUCUUCUUCUUAUAUUUAUUAUUUAUGAUUUCUUGUUUAAUUUAUCAAUACAAAAUAUAGUUGUGCUUUUAAGAUGUAUAAGUAUUAAUAUAUUAAUAAAUAUAAAAGAUAUUACGUGUAUAUAUAAUUGUAAACUUUACAUUUUAAUAUUUAUAAACAUGUAUAUACAUAAAUAAAUACAAAUACCAUUAUGUAGACUUAACUCCUAUAAGGUCUCUUUUGUGAUUUGAUGUACAAAAAUAAAUAUUUUGCAAACAGAUUUGA